GUUUUCUUUGUAGGCGGCCCGUUUGGUCCGCAGCCCUCCUCUCCAAAUCAGCCUCCACCACGGUGAAGGGUUUAUCUAGGGUUUUUGGUCGCGUUCCUCUUCUCCCAUUCUAAAACCCUAGGUUUUCCAGCGAAGAUCUCUCGUUCUCUCUCUCUCUCUCUCUCUCUCUCUGCAAUGGCGAUUGGAUCCGUGCUAAUCUCGAGGCUGGCCAGGUCGAAGACCUUGGCCUCCGGCAUCUCCUCCACUCUGCUUCAGGCUUCUGGUCUUCUGAAGGCUUCACAUGGCAUGUCUCCUUUAUUUCAAAGAUGCGCAGCUACAGCAAGGGCAUUCAGCUCUAAUCCUGCUGGUACUGAUGUUGUUGGGAUUGACUUGGGUACUACGAACUCUUGUGUUGCAGUUAUGGAGGGCAAGAACCCGAAAGUAAUUGAGAAUGCUGAAGGUGCAAGGACAACACCUUCUGUUGUAGCCUUUAAUCAGAAGGGUGAACUUCUUGUCGGUACCCCAGCAAAGCGGCAAGCUGUGACAAAUCCAACAAAUACCUUAUUUGGCACCAAGCGCUUGAUUGGAAGAAGAUUUGAUGACCCUCAGACACAAAAGGAACUGAAAAUGGUACCAUACAAGAUUGUCAAGGCACCAAAUGGAGAUGCUUGGGUGGAGUUGAAUGGACAGCAAUACUCGCCAAGCCAAAUUGGGGCAUUUGUCCUCACCAAGAUGAAGGAGACUGCAGAGGGUUAUCUCAGCAAAACUGUUUCCAAAGCCGUCAUCACAGUUCCUGCAUACUUUAAUGAUGCCCAGCGUCAGGCCACAAAGGAUGCUGGGAGAAUUGCUGGACUGGAGGUACUGAGGAUUAUCAAUGAGCCUACGGCUGCGGCUCUUUCAUAUGGAAUGAACAACAAGGAGGGAUUAAUUGCUGUAUUUGAUUUGGGUGGUGGGACUUUUGAUGUCUCAAUCCUUGAAAUUUCUAAUGGAGUUUUUGAGGUCAAGGCUACCAAUGGAGAUACCUUCCUUGGUGGUGAAGACUUUGAUGGCGCGUUGCUGGACUACCUGGUCAGUGAAUUCAAGAAAACUGAAAACAUUGAUCUAACCAAAGACCGGUUGGCAUUGCAGAGGCUUAGAGAGGCUGCUGAAAAGGCAAAGUUGGAACUUUCAUCCACCGCGCAAACAGAGAUAAAUCUUCCUUUUAUUACUGCUGAUGCUUCGGGUGCUAAGCACUUAAACAUUACACUGACCCGAUCUAAGUUUGAAACUUUGGUUAGCCAUCUGAUCGAGAGAACACGCAUUCCAUGCAAGAACUGUCUAAGAGAUGCUGGAAUCAUAGCAAAAGAAGUUGAUGAAGUCCUAUUGGUUGGGGGAAUGACAAGGGUUCCAAAAGUCCAGGAAAUUGUUUCCGAGAUCUUUGGGAAGACUCCGAGCAAGGGUGUGAACCCUGAUGAGGCAGUUGCCAUGGGGGCUAGCAUACAGGGUGGCAUUUUACGGGGUGAUGUUAAAGAGCUUCUCUUGCUUGAUGUCACCCCCCUCUCCCUUGGUAUCGAGACUCUUGGAGGGGUCUUUACCAGGCUCAUCAACCGGAACACAACCAUUCCAACCAAGAAGAGCCAGGUCUUCUCCACUGCUGCCGACAACCAGACUCAGGUUGGGAUCAAGGUAUUGCAGGGUGAGAGGGAGAUGGCUGCAGAUAACAAGCUUCUUGGGGAAUUCGAGCUCACGGGCGUUCCUCCUGCUCCGAGAGGCAUGCCUCAGAUAGAGGUGACCUUUGAUAUCGAUGCUAAUGGAAUUGUGAAGGUCUCAGCAAAGGAUAAAGCAACAAGCAAAGAGCAGGAAAUUACCAUCAGAUCCUCGGGUGGGCUAUCGGAGGAAGAGAUAGAGAAGAUGGUGAAGGAGGCAGAGCUCCAUGCACAGAGGGAUCAGGAGAGAAAGGCCUUGAUCGACAUUAGGAACACUGCAGACACUACAAUUUACGGUAUCGGGAAGAGUCUGGGAGAGUUCAGAGACAAGAUACCAGAAGAGGUCGCCAAAGAGAUCGAUUCUGCUGUUGCUGAUUUGAGGGCUGCAAUGGGCGAGGACAACGUCGACAAGAUCAAGGAGAAGAUUGACGCAGCAAACAAAGCUGUCUCGAAAAUUGGGCAGCAUAUACACCAGGGUGGAGGAUCUUCAUCUUCAGGGUCAGCUGGAGGGGAUCAGACUCCUGAAGCUGAGUACAAAGAAGCUAAGAUGUAGAAUGAUGCAGCAACAUUCCUCUCUAUAUUUCAGAAUUUUGAAGUCGAGACUGCUGAUUUUUUCCUGUUCUCUUUAGCUGGUUUUACUAUUGAACUUCGUCUAACCUGUUUGGCAAUACAGACUGAUGGGUAACUCUGGAAUUUGAAGUAAAGACUGGGUUCUGUUGUCUUUUGAUGGACGCUGAACUUGAGUCUCCCGAGAAUGUGUUUUUGUUUUUCUUGUCAACCUGGGGAUUUAUUCGAAUGUCAUGUAUUUUGUUACAAAUAUUUAAAUU